AAACUCGCCUUUUACUCCAAAAUGCAAGAAGCCCCGGAGAGCAGCAGCAGCGCCGGCGCCAGCAGCUCCUUCUCUAGCCACCCCGCGGCCAGCAUCAAGGAGGAGGACUGCAGCCCCGAGAAGGAGCGACCUCCCGAGGCUGAGUACAUCAACUCCCGUUGCGUCCUCUUCACCUACUUCCAGGGGGACAUCAGCGCCGUGGUGGACGAGCACUUCAGCCGGGCGCUCAGCCAGCCCAGCAGCUUCUCUCUGGGCAGCGCCAAGACGCCGCGAAACCCUGGCCCCUGGCGGGAUGGCUCCUUCCCGAUGAGCCAGCGCAGCUUCCCGCCAUCCUUCUGGAACAGCACCUACCAGCCCUCCUCGGUCCCCGCCACCCUCAGCAACCCCCUGGCAGCUGCCCACCUGCACCAGGGUGGCCCCGAGCCCUGGCACCAUGCCCACCACCACCACCACCACCACCCCCCCUACAUCGGGACACAGAGCACUGCCUACCCCCGCCCUGCCACCAUGCACGAGGUCUAUGGGCCUCACUUUGAUCCCCGCUACAGCUCCCUCCUGGUGCCCACUGCCUCCGUCCGCCCCCAUCGCCUCACCCCCGCCUCUGUGCCCACGCCAGUCAGCCCCCCCUGUGAACUGGGCAAGAGCGAGGCGGGCACCGCUGCAGCCUGGACAACGCCGGGACCCUUCCCCAAUGCAGCAGGGGACAUGGCACAGAGCCUCAGCCUAAACGUGGAUGCAGCUCGCCGUUACUCCUUCUGUGGUGGAUCCCUUCUGAGCUGA